AUGGAUCUCGUUCAACCACGGGAGGCUGAAGUUGAAGUUGAAGGUUUACCUCUGACAGGAAGUGCAUGUGUGGAAAUGUCAGGUGCCAGUUCUCAUGCCGGUUUACUGGCUUUUACACACACAGGAAGCUGUAUUUUCCUCUUUUGUUCAUCCUCAACAGAAAGAGGAAGUGUCCGACCACGGCUGGUGUUGGCGUCACGUUCACGUCCUGCAGCUUCAGAGGACGAAGACGUCGACGAGGACAUGGACGUUUACCAGGAGGCUGUGGAGUAUCUGCUGGCCCGACAAGUGGACAUCGUGGUGGAGGCGGAGUCUGACAUCCUGGAGGAGGAGGUAUUCCAUGAGGAGGUGGAGUCUGGUCUCCUUUCUCCUCUGAAUAUUGAGGGUUUAGACCUUCCAGACACACCAACACCAUGCAGCCCGGAGGAGAUGCUGGACAGGAGGCUGGUGGUCCUGAAAGGCAUCCUGGAGGGUGAGGAGGUUUAUCUGAACGAACUGGAGGCUCUGCUAACGCCAAUGAAGGCUCUCCGGGCCUCAGCCGGGACCUCCCAGCCGGUUCUGUCCAGCCAGGAGGUCCAUACAGUCUUCUACCAGGUUCCUGAGCUCCGAGACCUGCACCAGAACUCUUCUACUUGGGUGAACCAGAUCGGUUUGUAUGGAGGCUUCAUUGAAAACUACGAGGACGCCGUUGAAGUCGUACCGGAGUGCACGAACUCAGACCCUCGUUUUCGGACCCUGGCCCAGGGUGGAUAA